GAGUGGUAUGCGUGAAGGAGCGCAGGCGAGUAUAGUCUUUCUAGUCUGUCAUCUAAAACAAAAACGCCUUAACGGCGAGAAAAGGCAAAUGAUGCGUUAAGCGUUUUAAACAAAUUAAUUCUUCUGUCUCUCUAAAUCGUAACUGACUUCUUUCUUCUUUCUCUCAGAUCUUCCAUAAACCCUAUAAUACUCAUUCUUUUUCUCUUCAACAUUCUUUCUCUUUCUCUUUCUUUUUCCGUUUCUUUCCCGGGAAAAUCUGUAUCCCAACCUCUUCUUUCUGUUCCAGAUCUUUCUGCAGCCGACUAACCGUUUCUUGCUCUUAUUCCGGCCUCUUUCGGUUUUUCGCCUUCCUGCAUUCGAUUUAAUUGACACUUGCGCGUUCAAUUGAUAUAACUGUUGUUUUCCGUGAAAGUGAUGGAUUAGCAGUUCGUUGUGGUGAUGAUGAUGAUGCAGUGUUUAAUGUUAAUAUAGAGAAGACUAGGAGGAACAAAAAUGGAUGAUAGAGGUGGUUCUUUCGUUGCUGUUAGGAGAAUUUCGCAAGGUCUUGAUCGAGGCAACGCGUAUCAUUCAACUUCUGCUGAGUAUGUGACAGGAUCAACUGCAUGGCUUGGCCGAGGUUUGUCUUGUGUUUGUGCACAGAGAAGAGAGAGUGAUGCUCGACCCUCUUUUGAUUUAACUCCAUCCCAGGAAGAAUGCUUGCAGAGGCUUCAGAGUCGUAUAGAUGUUCCAUAUGACAGUUCUAUCCCCGCGCACCAGGAAUCCCUAAGGGCUUUAUGGAAUGCUGCAUUUCCUGAAGAAGAACUCAGGGGUUUGAUUUCAGAGCAAUGGAAAGACAUGGGUUGGCAAGGGAAGGAUCCAUCAACAGAUUUUAGGGGUGGUGGUUACAUAUCAUUGGAGAAUUUGCUGUUUUUUGCAAGGAAUUUCCCAAAAUCUUUUCAAGAUCUUUUAAGGAAGCAGGAAGGAGAUCGUUCAGUGUGGGAGUACCCAUUUGCUGUUGCUGGUGUUAACAUUACAUUCAUGCUUAUUCAAAUGCUAGAUCUUGAAGCAGUUAAGCCGCGAACACUGGUGGGAGCAACUUUUCUAAAAUUCCUUGCAGAAAAUGAGUCAGCUUUUGAUCUUCUCUAUUGCAUAACAUUCAAGCUGAUGGAUAACCAGUGGCUUUUGAUGCGCGCAUCAUACAUGGAUUUUAAUACAGUGAUGAAAUCUACACGCCGUCAACUAGAGAAAGAGCUUCUGCUUGAAGACCUUACACGGCUUGAAGAUGUUCCCUCAUACAAACUUCUCAAACGAUAGAUAUCAACAAAUAGUCAGUGAGUCUACUAGUUUUAACUUGAAGGUUGUACUAGAUGUGAUGAUACUGUAUUUACAUUCUUCCCACUUCAACAUUUAACCUUCUAACAAUUUGAGUAAGACCGAGGUGAGCCACAUGUGAUAUCAAUGUUCUGGAGGCAGAGGUAAGGUUUAAAUCCAGUUGGAGGAUGUAAUGUUGACUGACAAAUUGCCAGGGGAGUCUGAAAUGUAGGUUUGCUUGGUACCAAAAAGAUUAGGUUGUAAUGAUUGUGGUUUGCCUAUGUAUUUCGAUUAUAAUUCAGGCAGGUUUACUAUAGUUUGUAGCAACUGCUGGCCUUGUUUGUGAAGGUAUUGGUAUACUCUGCAUAUUUGUUUGAGUAAAAGAUAAAAUGUUUCCAUUUUGCCGAAACUAUACUUGUUUAUUUUA